CCCCUAUUUGUGAGAGGGGUCCCUAGGUCCCUAGAUCCGCGGCGAGCGCCCUAGGUGUGUAAGGGGUGACCCUGUCCCCGCCUGUGAGAGACCCCCGCCUCCCAUAGCUGGAGCCCGUCUGGAGGCUCUCAGACGCCUGGGUGCCUGGCGAGGGGCCUCCUGGCUCACGCCCCCGCGUGCCCCCUGCCCCCGCAGAUGCCAGCAAUCGCGGUGCUCGCGGUGGCGGCCUCGGCAUGGUGCUUUCUCCAAGUCCAGAGCCGGCACCUGGACGCUGUCGCCGGAGGCGCGGGCCCCAACAACGGCAAUUUCCUAGACAAUGACCAGUGGCUGAGCACUGUCUCCCAGUACGACCGGGACAAGUACUGGAACCGCUUUCGAGACGAUGAUUAUUUCAGAAAUUGGAAUCCCAACAAGCCCUUUGACCAAGCCCUCGACCCAUCCAAGGACCCCUGCCUGAAGGUGAAAUGCAGCCCUCACAAAGUAUGUGUGACCCAGGACUACCAGACAGCCCUGUGUGUCAGCCGCAAGCACCUGCUCCCCAGGCAAAAGAAGGGAAAUGUGGCCCACAAACACUGGGUUGGAGCUUCUAAUCUGGUCAAGUGCAAGCCCUGUCCUGUGGCCCAGCUGACCAUGGUCUGCGGCUCUGAUGGCCACACAUAUACAUCCAAGUGCAAGUUGGAAUUCCAUGCUUGUUCUACUGGCAGAAGCCUCACCACCCUCUGUGAUGGGCCCUGUCCGUGUCUCCCAGAACCUGAACCACCAAAACACAAAGUGGAAAAGAAUGCCUGCACAGACAAGGAGUUGAGGAACCUGGCUUCCCGGCUGAAAGACUGGUUUGGAGCCCUUCAUGAGGAUGCAAACAGGGUCAUCAAGCCCACCAGCUCCGACACAGCCCAAGGCAGGUUUGACACCAGCAUCCUGCCCAUCUGCAAGGACUCCCUUGGCUGGAUGUUCAACAAGCUGGACAUGAACUAUGACCUCCUGCUUGACCACUCUGAGAUCAAUGCCAUCUACCUGGAUAAGUACGAGCCCUGCAUCAAGCCUCUCUUCAACUCCUGUGACUCCUUCAAGGAUGGCAAGCUUUCUAACAAUGAGUGGUGCUACUGCUUCCAGAAGCCUGGUGGUCUCCCUUGCCAGAAUGAAAUGAACAGGAUUCAGAAGCUUAGCAAGGGGAAAAGCCUGUUGGGGGCGUUUGUACCUCGGUGUAAUGAGGAGGGCUAUUACAAAGCCACACAGUGCCACGGCAGCACAGGGCAAUGCUGGUGUGUGGAUAAAUACGGGAACGAGUUGGCUGGCUCCAGGAAACAGGGUGCUGUGAUCUGUGAAGAGGAGCAGGAGACGUCAGGUGAUUUUGGCAGUGGUGGCUCUGUGGUCCUGCUGGAUGACCUCGAGGAUGAGCAGGAGCUCGGACCAAAGGACAGAGAAGGGAAGCUUAGGGUGCAUACCCGGGCUGUGACAGAGGAUGAUGAGGAUGAGGAUGACGACAAAGAGGAUGACGUCGGGUACAUAUGGUAGUCCCCAUGAGGAAGAGGACAUGGGUUUUGCACAAAAUUGCAAGUUACUUCCUAUUCCUCCUGCAUUUGUAUCUAAGACUCUGAGGCACCAAGGUCUCCUCCACUGUUGCUGUCUAUACCCGACCCAAGGUUUGGAAGACAACUCCUUGUUCCCAGAGCAUUCUGAUUUUGAAUUUCGUUGUGUGGGAGGAAGGGUGUUGUGCUUUGUUUUUUUCCGACAUGGGAAUGGCUGGCUUAAUAAGAGUCUCCUUCCCUCCCGUGAGAUUUAUGCAACAAGCAUGUGGUUUAUGUGGAAUUCUGACAGUGCAGGGAGCCCCCGCCCUCUUAAACGUCAAAAACCCUUUUUGAUCACCCACACUGGUGGUUAUUACAGCAUGGUUCCCGGCCUUACAGUGUCUAAGUGCUUUUCUUGUGUCCUGUAGAUGU